AUGGGUCCACCUGUCAGAUCUGCCCCACCACCACCACCACCACCACCACCACCAACGGAAGAACAAGGAGCUUCACCUUACGAACAAUUGUUAGCUGCUGCAAAGACGGAUAAUGAAGAAUUGUUCUUGAUCGCUUUGAACAAAGUGGAGAACGUUAACUAUGUUGACGGACUAGGUAACACAGCUCUUCAUUAUGCAAUCAUGAAAGCUUCCACCGGCGUAUUAGAACUUUUAUUAGAUCAUGAGAAAUGCGAUGUGGAUUUGCAAAACAGGUUACAAGGUGAAACACCUUUACAUAUUGCUGUUAGGAAUAAAUGGGAGGAUCAACCGGGUUUAAGAUUGUAUUUAGUCGUCUCGUUAUUAGAAGCAGGUGCAAGCACGACAACCAAAAACCGUCAUGGCGAAAGACCUAUAGACUUACUUCCUCCUUCCCCUUCCCCUGAAUCCGAUGAUGGCAAGGUGAGACAAGCAAUACGGACAGCAGAGGCAGAAUCUUUGAUAGCUGAUCGAGGAGAUGUGGUAGAUGAUGACGACGAUAUCAUAGACUCUGACGACGUCGCCUCCGAUCCAGAAUGA